AUGCAUCUCUUUAUAUCUCUCCGUUCUGCAGUAAAUUAUCGGGUGUCAAUUGGCGUUGGCCUCAGAAUGCUUUUGACAACAGAGAAAAUAAGCAAUCCCAUGCAAUUAUUCGGUUUGAUGUUUGCUUUUUUUCUCUCUCUGUGUUUAUCAGAUUCCAAAAAUCAGUCAAUUGAGCCGAUUUGCAACAUUUCAGCACCAAGAUCAGAUCUUUGCCAGAUGACAGGAGAUAUAAGAAUUCAUGGAAACUCAUCCACCAUUUUCAUUGCUUCAACUCAACAGGACAAUUUUGGGGGAAACUAUUCGUGGUCGUGGACUAUAAAGCCUUAUGCCCGAAAAGGAGACAAAACCGCCAUGGCCAAAGUUAGAAAGUUUACAGUUAAGGUGGGGAAAGUUUCCCAAGAAAUCCUUAAUUGCACUAGAAAUCGGAAUGUUCCCGCCAUUGUUUUCUCCACAGCAGGAUAUAUGGGAAAUCAUUUCCAUGAUUUUACAGAUGUGUUGAUUCCAUUAUUUUUAACUUCUCGAGAAUUCAAUGGCGAAGUACAGUUUCUUAUAACCAACAAAAAGUCUUGGUGGAUUCGAAAGUAUGAAACAGUGCUUAAAAAGUUGUCCAGAUAUGAGAUCAUUGACAUUGAUAAAGAAGAGGGAGUCCUUUGUUUCCCAAGCAUGAUUGUUGGUCUUAAAACGCACAAAGAGUUGAGUAUUGAUCCUUCAAAGUCUCCAUAUUCCAUGAAAGACUUCAAACGGUUCUUAAGAAGCUCCUACUCGUUAAAGAGAGAGACAGCGAUCAAAUUAAGGGACGGUGAAGGUAAGAAGCCGAGGCUUCUUAUCAUUUCAAGGAGAAGAACCCGGUCUUUCAUGAACAAAGGUGAAAUUGCCAGUUUGGCUCGAAGCUUGGGCUAUGAUGUGGUUGUAAAAGAAGCAUACUCGAAUUUAUCGCAAUUUUCAGAACUCGUCAACUCUUGUGAUGUGAUGAUGGGAGUGCACGGGGCUGGCCUUACCAACAUGGUUUUUCUUCCUGAAAAUGCAGUUUUGAUCCAAGUAGUACCAUUGGGACGAAUGGCGUGGCUGGCCAAAACCGACUUUGGAGAGCCUGCCAAGGAUAUGAACUUGAGAUACUUGGAAUAUGAGAUAAGAGAAGGAGAGAGCUCUUUAAUACAUCAAUACCCUCUUGAUCAUCAAGUUUUGAGGGAUCCAUAUUCCAUUAGUAAAAAAGGAUGGGAUGCUUUUAGGGCUAUAUACAUGGAUAAGCAAGAUGUAAAGAUUGAUAUUAGCAGGUUUAGAAAAACUUUGCUAGAAGCCCUUAAACUUUUGCAUAUGUAG